ACUUCGCCGUUGGCAAACAGUUACGAAAGCUUCAGGUGUUGCAGCCGGCAGCAUGUAGUACAAGACGUCCUUGCUGUUGUUGUUGUAGGUUACAUUGAUGUUAGUGUAAGACUAGCAGCUUUAGUUGAAAUUAUAGAGUCAUUAUAGCAACCUGCUUCGUUAGUCUACGUGGGAAAAAAAGACGAAACCCUCAGGAGUUCUUCUGCAUGGAUUUAUGCAGUAUUAUAAACUGUUAACGGUAGCUGAGGCCUAGCAGUUAGCUAAUGUGACAUUUCACCAAAGUGUGCUGGAAAACUUCUCAGAUGACACAGCCUCUUCACUGGUAAGUGUCCACUGGAAAAACAAACCUCAUCAUCACAAUGACAGCUCAGGAAGGAGAGGGAUGGGGAGGCAUUAACCUGUCACCUCACCUGCACACGGAUGAGUGUAAUGAACUAAUAACUCGUCUAAGGCAGUGCCACACAGAGCAUAAUUUCCUGAAGUUCUUUGGCACGUGUAACGAUGUGGACCGUGCAAUGCGUGAGUGCCUGAAAAAAGAGAGACUGGAGAAGCGGGAGCGCAGCAAGCAGCAUGCACUUGAGAUGAAAAAGAGGUUGAAAGAAGGGCCCAAGGAGCAGCUCUGAAAGACAUUCUACUGUCACUUUGCCUCUGGCAGUGCAAGUUUUAAGUAUUCUGAUUUUGGGACACUGAAACAAGCCCAGCGCUGUGUAACAUGACUCUCUUGCUGUUUUUGGGUCAAGACAGUGGAAGGAUUGUAACUUCUGUCACUUUGUAAAUUCAGGGGAGCUUUUAUUAGCAUGUGAUGGUGUACAUUAACUAGUGCAAUACACUGUUAUUAUACCACUGUUACUUUGAGAUUUUGACACACACUUGACUUUUUGUCAUCUGCACACGCUCACACCUGCAGUGCUACAAGAAUAUUUUAGGUCAACAGAAAAACUGCAGCAUUUAGUACUUUAGCUUAAAAAUUGCUGUCAGGGAUCAUCAUUUAUUUCCCCUCGAUUAACAGUGCGCUACUGCUCCAUCAAAGAGAUUAGCUGGUGGCAGAACCCUUUCAUCCGACUGUUGUUAGUUGGCAGGACACCUCGGGAAUAUUCCGGUACCUGGUUUAUUCAUCAAAACAAUGAGAGUCCAUUUCAGAGAUGCGUAUCAGAAAGACCUAAAAGAGGAUGACCAGUGGCUGGGUUACUCUCAGUGUGACAUUCACCCAUGGACAUAGUCAUAGUUGUUUGAAAGUUUAUUUGAAUCAGGAAUCAUAUUGAUUCGUGACAUGUUUAAUUCCUUUCAAAUAAAGUGUAAUUACAAAUUCAUAA